AAAAACCUGCCCCCCCCAUCUCCGCUCCCCUCCCCCGGAGCGGCGCUGGGCUCAGCCCGACACCGUGAGGGGGACGCGCGGGGCCGGGCCCUGCCAGCGCCUCGCCGCCGCCUCCCGGGACGACAGCCCGCUGGCCUCGGCCUCCUCGCUUCCAGCCGGCGGGGCCGGGACCGGGACCGGCAGCAGGAGCGGGCUGCCCGAGCCCGGCAGCGACGUCCUCAGACAGCUGCAGGUUACCUGGCUGCAGUUCAUCCCCAGCUGUGAAGCCGUUUAAACCUCGCUGGCCGGUCUGGAGAGUCAGAGGGCUGCUGGAUGUCUGCUGGGAUCACAGAAUCAUUUAGGUUGGAAGAGACCUCCAAGAUCACCUAGUCCAACCUGUUAUCUUGUGCCGUUGGUGCUGCAGGGUCCCCCACCCCCUAAUUUCUGUUCUGAAGCGCUCUGAGUCCUCUCAAAGGAACAGCUCGAUGCCAUUUUUCCAAUGUGUACACGUAUUAUCACCUGCAGUGGUUGUUAUUCGUGCUGCCCUGACAUGCCUGCACACUUCACAGCAUGCACAUCACCUUGGAGAACCCGAGCUGUGCUGCGAGCCCAGGUUCUGCAGGAGCAGCAAGGAGGAGAAUGGCCCAAGCUACAGCCCCAGCAGUGUCCAUCCACGAUGAGGACUCCUCUGAAAGCAGGAUGGUGGUUACGUUCCUCAUGUCGGCACUUGAGUCAAUGUGCAAAGAACUUGCCAAGUCCAAGGCAGAAGUGGCCUGUAUUGCUGUAUAUGAAACAGACGUGUUUGUAGUUGGAACUGAGAGAGGAAGAGCCUUUGUCAACUCUAGGAAAGAUUUUCAGAAGGAUUUUGUUAAAUACUGUGUUACAGAAGAGGAGAGAGCUGCAGAGCUGCAGAAAACAAAGACUGUACCACCUGUAAACAGGCUGACAGUGGAUAUCAUGGAACUGGAAGCUCUCAGAAAGUCUGUGGAGGACUUCUUCUGCUUUUGCUAUGGUAAAGCUUUAGGAAAGUCAACAGUAGUACCUGUGCCAUACGAGAAGAUUCAGAGAGACCAGUCUGCUGUGGUAGUGCAGGGCCUGCCUGAGGGACUCGCGUUUAAACAUCCAGCGAAUUAUGAUGUUUCAACCCUGAAGUGGAUUUUGGAAAACAAGUCAGGGAUCUCAUUUAUCAUCAAAAGGCCAUUCCUAGAGCCAAAGAAACACCUAGGAGCUCAUAUGACAGAUCCUUCACAUUCAAUUAUACCUCCAGGUGGAAGUUGUCCUCCUAUUCAAGUGAAAACGGAACCAAAUGAGGAUUCUGGAAUUUCACUGGAAAUGUCAACAGUAACAGUGAAGGAGGAAUCAGAGGAUCCUGACUACUAUCAGUAUAAUAUUCCAGGCCCUUCCGAAACAUCAGAGAUGGAUGAAAAAAUUGCUCUUGCAAAAAGUUACACAGAUUCCUCCCAGCACACCCCUUCAGAAACAAGUGAGGAUCCUGAGGUCGAGGUCACCAUCGAAGAUGAUGAAGACUACUUGCCCCCUAACAAGAGACCGAAGAACACUGAGUCAGCAAAUGAAGCUGCCAAUACUGGGAGAAGAAAAGUGAGAGAAUUCAAUUUUGAGAAAUGGAAUGCUCGAAUUACGGACUUGAGAAAGCAAGUUGAAGAACUGUUUGAGAGAAAAUAUGCUCAAGCUAUAAAAGCUAAAGGUCCGGUGUCUAUCCCAUACCCACUCUUCCAGUCACACAUGGAAGACCUUUAUGUGGAAGGUCUGCCAGAAGGAAUUCCCUUCCGAAGGCCAUCCACGUAUGGCAUUCCCCGUCUUGAGAGGAUACUUCUAGCGAAGGAGCGGAUCCGGUUUGUGAUUAAAAAGCAUGAGCUUUUGAAUUCGACAAGAGAAGAUGUACCCUUGGACAAACCAGUUGCAGGAGUGAAAGAGGAGUGGUAUGCUAGAAUCACCAAGCUGAGGAAGAUGGUAGAUCAACUCUUCUGUAAGAAGUUUGCCGAGGCAUUGGGGAGCACCGAGCCUAAAGCUGUCCCAUACCAGAAAUUUGAGGCCCAUCCAACUGACCUCUAUGUUGAAGGUCUGCCAGAGAACAUUCCCUUUAGGAGUCCAUCCUGGUAUGGGAUCCCUCGCCUUGAAAAAAUAAUUCAAGUGGGCAACAGAAUAAAAUUUGUAAUCAAAAGGCCGGAGCUACUAACCCUCAGUUCAACCGAAGUUAUUCAACCCAGGACAAACACACCAGUGAAAGAAGAUUGGAAUGUUAGGAUCACAAAGCUAAGAAAGCAAGUAGAAGAGAUAUUUAAUAUGAAAUUUGCCCAAGCUCUGGGGCUUUCAGAGGCAGUGAAGGUUCCCUAUCCUGUAUUUGAAUCAAACCCCGAGUACUUGUACGUCGAAGGCUUGCCAGAAGGAAUCCCCUUCCGGAGUCCCACAUGGUUUGGAAUUCCACGCCUUGAAAGAAUUGUCCGUGGGAGUGGCAAAAUCAAAUUUGUUGUUAAAAAGCCUGAGCUUGUCACUUCCUAUUUGCCACCAGGACUGGCUAGUAAAGUAAACACUAAAGCAAUGAGUCCAAAGAGUUCAAAAAGAUCACGGAGUCCUGCAAGCAAUUCAAAGGUCCCGGAGAUAGAAGUUACUGUUGAUGAAGGUCUCAAUAAACCACAAGCAACAGAUGUUCGAACUAAUUCUCAAACCAAUGGGUCCAAUGUGAGUUUCAAGCCACGAGGAAGAGAAUUUUCUUUCGAGGCAUGGAAUGCCAAAAUUACUGAUCUAAAGCAAAAAGUUGAAAAUCUUUUUAAUGAAAAAUGUGGGGAAGCGCUGGGGCUGAGUGAACCAGUGAAGGUGCCGUUUGCGUUAUUUGAAUCCUUCCCGGAGGUUUUCUAUGUGGAAGGCCUACCAGAGGGAGUGCCAUUCCGACGACCUUCUACUUUUGGAAUUCCAAGACUAGAGAAGAUCCUGAGAAACAAAUCUAAGAUAAAAUUCGUUAUUAAAAAGCCUGAGAUGUUUGAGGCGGCAGUUAAGGAAAGUUCUGCUAAAAGUCCCCAGAGGAAAAAUAAUUCAUCUAAUAUAGCCAAUACAGCAAGCUCCACAACGAAUACAGUGGUAAACACAGCUGCAGGUGUUGAAGAUCUCAACAUCAUUCAAGUAACUAUACCAGAUGAUGAAAGUGAGCGGCUUUCAAAAGUAGAAAAGGCCAGACAAUUGAGAGAGCAAGUAAACGAUCUGUUUAGCCGGAAAUUUGGUGAAGCCAUUGGUAUGAGUUUUCCUGUGAAGGUCCCGUACAGGAAAAUCACCAUCAACCCUGGCUGUGUGGUGGUGGAUGGGAUGCCUCCUGGCGUGGCAUUUAAAGCUCCCAGUUAUCUGGAAAUCAGCUCAAUGAGGAAGAUUUUGGAAUCAUCGGAGUUUAUCAAGUUUACUGUCAUUCGACCAUUUCCAGGACUUGUGAUUAACAACCAGCUGAUGGAAAAAGCUGAAGCAGAAGCACCACCACCACCAGCAGCACCCGUGCUACCAGAGCCAGCUGAACCAAGCCAAAUAGAAGUAUCUGUAGGAGAUGUUACAGAAACAGAGGAAAGUUCUCAAAUAAAGCAAGAACCAGACCCAACGUGGUAGACCUCAUCAGUACUAUGUCAGAAGCACCCAGUUCUGUGAAGAGCUUGUCAGGCCUGUCCUGAUCUGUGUAAUAUAACUGUAUAAGAGAAGUACCUUCUAUACAAACCCUUUUUGUACUUUUAGAUAGAAAUGUCUACUUUUUCAGCAGUUCUGUGAAUUGACUUAAUGCAAAGAAUGACUGUAGAUUUGGAAUGGCUGGUUUUACUUUGGAAUAUAUCGUGAGGACUAAAUAUGAUGCAGCAAUGCUGGGGAGAUGACAACGAUUAAAAUCAACAGGGACUUAACAGAGGCUGUCUGCGUUUCCCAAUAAAGCUGAACUUCACUGUA